AUGAAAACCUCAACCGUCACCUGGGCGGCUUGCAUGGCCCUUCUGUCUCUUCAGGGGGCCACCGCUGAAGCUGCGCCGGCACAAGCAAGACGGACCGCCGCGCCUCAAAGGCCGAAGUAUUACUUCCCUCGUCAUGUGAAAAGGCAAAUUUACAACUCUACCACGCCGGCUGUGUCUCCGGACACCUCUACCCCGACCCCGGAAAAUUCCACUCCAGAGGUCUAUAUCUCGACUCCGGAUGCCCUCGUCUCGACCCCCGGGAUUUCUACGCCCCCCGCUAGCGAUACUUCGACUUUGACCUCGAGGGAAGAUUCGUCCAGCUCGUUCUCCUCCUUUUUCGAGAGCUUCUCGAAGAGCGAUGAGGAUUUCAGCAGCUUUUUCAACACUCCGCAACCUGCGGCCGAGUCAUCCACUUCCACUUACGUGGUCAACUCUACUACCGUGAGCGAAAGCCCGUCCGGAACUUCGACCAUCAUUACGCAGUCAACUGUUACCGAGGUUUCCUCGCCCUUCACCACGACUACUCUGUCGAGCACCCCCGAAGAAACUCAAUCUACUCCCGCCGCGUCGUCUUACGUUGGAACCGGCGGCGUUAGCCUUCCCGUUGUCACGCCUUCGACUACCAUCGAGGAGACGGUUAUCGAGUCCACCAUCACCACCACCGCGGUGGCUGAAUCUUCGACCGCACCGUCCUACGUUGGAACUGGUGGUGUCUCGAGCCCUGUUAUCCAGCCCACCACCAGCGACACGGAGACGACUGCCGAUGUUUCAUCGACUGUGACUCCCGUAUCCACUUAUGUUGGCACCGGUGGUGUCUCGAGCCCGGUUAUUCAGCCCACUACCAGCACCGAGUCGGAAACCUCAGAAGCUCGUGCUUCUGAGACGAGCGCUGCCGCGUCGACUCCGGCUGCUUCGAGCGCUGCUGGAACAGGCACUGGUGGCGUUUCGAUUCCGAUCGUCCAGCCCACCAGCUCGACCGCUAGCGAGGAGGCUUCCAGCACUGGCCUUCUUGACCCCAUCGUUUCUCCCGUGACCAGCCUUCUCGGUACUAGUGGUAUUCUCAGCCCUGUCUUGACGCCGACGACAACAGCUUCGAGCGACGAGUCUGAGUCUUCUACGGCUGCCACUACUCCGAGUGCCGAGUCUAGCGCUGCCGGCACUGGCACUGGCGGUGUUUCGAUCCCCAUUGUUCAGCCUACCAGCUCAAGCAACACUGAUGCGCAGGUCACUCCCACCGAGUCCAGUGCUUCUUCCACCAACGGUGGCCUUCUCGGCCCAGUUCUGACUCCCUUGAGCAGCGCUCUUGGAUCGAGCGGAAUCUUGAGUCCUGUCACUAGCGCUCUUGGAUCGAGCGGAAUCUUGAGCCCUGUCACUAGCGCCCUGGGCACUGGAGGUGUUCUCAGCCCCGUUCUCAACCCGACCUCGGCCACUGAGCAAUCUGCUAGCGCCACGGGAACCGGUGAUGCGCCGAGCUAUGCUACUAGCGGCUCGGAGCCCGUGCCUGUUGAGAGCUCCGGCGCUGGCACUGGUGGUGUCUCGAUCCCCGUCGUUACGCCCACCAGCGGAACCGCAAGCCCUGCCACCCCUGUUGCGGCGUCAUCGACUGGAACUGGUAUCAUUGUCGGUCUUUCGACGAUCAUUGACAGCAGCAGCAGCACGACUGAUGCCCCGUCGUCGACUGAGACUUCCAGCGCCGGCCUGCUUGGUGGUCUUGUAUCAGGCGUUACUUCAGCCGUGGGCUCCAUUGUUACCCCUGUGGUCACCCCGAUCGAGUCUCUUGUGAGCUCUGUUGUCACCCCUGUCGAGUCUCUUGUGAGCUCCGUUGUCACGCCCGUUGAGUCGGUCCUUAACUCUGUUGCCACGCCCGUCGAGUCUAUCCUCAGCUCUGUCGCCACGCCCGUCGAGUCUAUCCUUAGCUCUGUCGCCACGCCCGUCGAGUCUGUCUUGACGCCUGUUGAGUCUAUCUUGACGCCUAUCAUUGGUAGCAGUUCCUCCUACGCUGGCACCGGAACUGAGCUCCCACCGGUCACUUCAUCCAUCAGUGGUGCUAUUCCCACUGCAACUGGCGAGAGUGGAUCGGCUACCGGUGUCUUGACCCCGGGUGCUACCCCGGCGCCGACUACCAGCGAACUGAUUCCUCUGCCGAUUACAAGCGCCCUUGGCUCGCUCAUCUCGGACGUGACCAGCCUCGUCUCCAGCGCUGGCAGUGAUCUGUCCUCGAUUCUGACGCCGCUGCCUAGCAUUCCCUUGACUGCAAGCGGCUCAGUCGCCACGCCAACCCCAUCGAGUGCCUCGAGCCCUGCUUCUUCAUCUUCGCUCACGGGCGUUGAGUCGAUUCUGUCCUCUCUCCUCGGUUCGACGCCGCUGAUUUCGAUCCCGACCACGCCCAUCAUUCCGCUCAGCACCCCUACCAGCAUUGAUCUCUCUUCGGCUCUUUCGUCCCUGACCGGAACUCCCAUCUCUGCGUCGACUCCUGUGGCUACGUCUGCAUCUAGCGCAACGCCAAGCGGCUCUUCUGCUGUCCCGACUACCCCGACUACGCCGCUGCCCACAGUGUCAUUGGGGUCUUCCACACCUGGAUCCAGCCCUAGCUCGACUCAGACGCCAGCGCCUACCACUCCCGUUGCCUCGGAGACGACCCAGUCUACUGUCCAGACGCCCUCCUCCACUACUAGCUCUAGCUCGUCCUCAGCUAUCGUGGUUGUUCCCUCUCCCAGCACUAGCUCCACGAUCGAGAUUGCGUCCUCCACUCUUUCGACUACGUCGACCACGCCUAUUUUCUCGAUCCGCCCCACUGGAACUGAUUCGGCGACCACUUACGUUGUGGCAACCAGCAUCGUCUUCGAUCCUUCGACCACUGGCACCUCGUCUAGCUCUUCGGCGGCUACUGCCUCUGCUACCACGUACCCCAAGUUCAUCGCUCCUCCGGGUGGUAUGCCCGCUGCGCCGACCAACUCGACCAAGAUCCAAAUUGGCUUCAAGCGUGGCUUCAACUGGCCGUUCGUUGUGGGCCACGCCGACACCACUGGCUGGCAGCUCACCACCUACAUGCCCAUUGCUGUGGCUGAUGGACUUGGCAUCGACCAUGACAAGGUUGAGAUGGUGACUUUGACCUCGUACAACACCACUGACAAGCUGGGUUACAUCUCCACGCUGGCUUUGCUGUAUGUUCCCAGCGAUCUGGUUGACACGCUCCACCUGGAUCUCCUGAACUCCAACUCCGUCUUCUACAACAACGAGGACAAGGAUCUUGGAUCGACGAUCAACUUCCUGACGAGCUUUGUCGACCCUACGUUCCCGAUCAUUGGUAGCGACAUGCCUGAUGAUGGUUCGUCUGGCUCCUCGACCGGCAGCGGCUCGUCCUCGAGUUCUUCCAGCAACAGCGGCAGUGGCGAUCCUAUGAAUGACGGCUCCAACUCCGGCUCUGGUGUCAAGGGCACCGCUGUCGGUAUCGUGUUCGCUGCCAUGGGCGGUGUUGCUGUCUACGGUGCGGCUAUGAUGCUUGUUGCUCGCAGGUACAAGAAGAAGAGGGCCGGUCACCAGCGCUCUAGCUCCGUCCCCAGCACUGGAACGAACGGCUACGGCUCGACAAACGGCGGCCCUUGGAUGUCUGGAGCUCGGGGUGGCCGCGACAGCCACGGCAGCCGUGGCAGUGGCAGCAGCAACGGCCGUAGCGCCAGAACUGCGCAGAUCUCGGCGCCAGUCAUGGCCGAAAACUCGCUGGGAUGGAACUGA